UAUGGUUUUCAAUGAUCGAGAAAUACGAACCGCUAAUAAAAACCACAUGUCGUGUGAUUUUGGAGUGGGGACGUCAUCGAUUUUUGCUGUUGUAAACAAUGGAGUAAACGUUAUCACUAAAUUUGGUAUCUCCAUCUCGUGUGUCUCCGUUAAUUAGUUUUACAAAUUACUACGUUUUAUUUUAUUAAAAAUGCAAAUAUUUUGAGUAAAUCAUGUGAUCUCAGAAGUUGGACGAUUAUUUUAAACCGAAUUAUGUGUUCAUUUGUGUUACGAAGAACUUUUAUUUUACUUGUUUACUCGUGCUUCCUGUGGCUGUGAUUAUGUGUUUUCAAUUUUAAAUGUUAAUAAAAUAUACCGCAUUAUUAUUUUCAUAAUGCCGAAUACUUCAGAUAGUGAACAACAUUCGAGCUUCGAGAAUUCCGAAGACUCAGACGGUUUGAAAGCUGCUACGGUUUACAUAAUUUUGAAAAAGUCGCACUACGUGCCUCGCAGCUUGCGAAUUCAAUGGUACUUGCAGCAUUUAAACACCAAAAUCAAAAUCGCCGAGAGCGAAGAAUAUAAUGACGACGAAGCUGUGGUUGUUUCCAUCGUACCUGAAGAACCGACAAAAGACUGGUCGCAGGAAAAUAGUCAUUUAUACGAAUAUCUGGUCACUUUAUCGACGAACGUGAUUUUCUUAGGAGAAGUUUAUCGUGUUGUCUAUUGUUUAGAUAUUAGUCCAUCUGUUUCUACAGUAGAUAGUCAAUAUGGAGAAGUUUUACUGGAUGUUAUUAUCGAAUCGCUUCAAAAAUCGAUCACUUCGUUAAUCACACCGAUUUUGAUACCAGGUUCUAGUCAUUUAUUCAAACCAGAUAUAUUCAUAACGGUUAUCGCUCAUACUCCAUUUUUCAUAUCACCAGCUCAACAGGUUCUUGUCCAAGGAUGGAAAAUUUCCGUUGAUAACUUGAAUGGAUUUUUGGAAGCUGUUUUAAGACAAUUAGAAUUUAUCGAAGAUGCUGUUGCUCGUGUAUCUGGCUCAUGUCACGAGCAAGUGGAAAGAGAUAGAAAAAAUUCAACCGAAUUAGAAAACAUUAGCGAGGGAUUGUUCAGUGAAGAUUUACUAAAGCAGUUCUCUCCUUUGAAUUCGAAUAUAGCAAUGGUUUCGCCUGGAUCUGGUUUCUUGAAUUUAUUACGUUUCGGAAUGCUGGCCUUGAAAUUGUUACCAGUUUCUAAUUUCUCUAAUUUAGUAGUUAUUACGGAUGGUAUGAUAGCGAUGCCCGAUAGCGAUACGUUGGAUUCUGUUCUGAAUCAUAUGCGAUAUAACGACAUAGCGUGUAAUUUUAUACACGUCGGGAGUCAGUUCCAUCCUCAUUGCGGGUUCGGAUUCGUACCGUAUGCGGAAAUAAUGCAAUUGAUCUCGGUAGCCACCAACGGCUCUUAUUUGCAAUUUUCCCCUAAUCAAAAACAUCAAAAUGAAAUGAAUAUUUAUCAACAAAGUUUUCUAACCUGGUGUUUGAAAAGAAGGUCUGUUGUGUUGGAAAUGUGUACUCCGCAUCGAAAAGAUGGAGAUUGGUCGAUAACAAAUACGCAUUUUUACGGUAAUCGUGGAUCUCAGUUAUUGACGAAGAAGUAUUUAGAGAAUGAUAUCAAUGUUACCUUAUAUGGUGUUCUGGCCUGUCGUAUCAGAGAAGGGUUUAUACUUCAUGAUAUUAACAUCAAAGAUAACGAAUUAAUAAUCGAUUUCAUUUUACCAUGGACGAAUCAUAUUUACAUCGAAUAUACCUGCUCUUGUCAGUGGCCUGUGGUUAUUUCUCCGUCCUCCACUACACACUAUGUGAUAAAUAUCAAAGCUCCUUAUGAAUUUCUACACGAUAUAUCAUGUCGAAUGAAAAUCCCCAUCAAGUCACCAUUCCGACAAGCGUUAAUAGCUCGAUUUUGGCGUUCUUUAAAAUCAUUCUAUCAAAGUGAUCUAUUGCUUUCUCAUUUGGAGUCAUUUAUGAACACGACGAGUUCGUAUUAUUUACCGGAAGGAUUAAAAAGUGGCAUGCCGUUGUACUAUUUGUCGACCGGAGCUGCUCAACCGAUACUGACAUCCAACGAUGUUGGAUUUACUCAAUUUGGAGCUAUCUGGAGGCCAGCCUGCUUGCUGAACAAUAAUUUAUGGCAGAAAUGGUUUCACGCUGACCGAGUUGGUGUGAUAUUUCAACACGACGAAUUCAUUAAUUUAUUUUCGGAGCGUAAUAGAAAGAGUAGCGGUGUUCAAUGUCGACUUGCUAGCAACACGUUGUUCACAUUCUUGAAAAAUAUCAGUUCUUUUGUGUUGAUUGAGAAUCAUUCGUAUAUUAGGUUCUUGUCACCAUCCGAAUCUGGAACAAAUAAAUAUUCGUUUUAUGUGAUACGUAGUAUUUGUAAACCGCCAUAUGCUGUGAUACAUAUCGCCUUUUUGUAUAAUAUUCCGGGAAGUGUUAGAUCCAAGAUUAUUAAAGAAUUCAAACAGUCUCUCAGCGUAUUGAAAAUAAGUCGUCCGUUGCAACAAGAGACACCCAACUCGAGCUUCGAUUCGUCUUCAAACUGUUGCAUAAUUUUGGAAAAGGCCCUAGAAAAGAUAUUAAUUCGAUACGAACAAAUGCCAUCAGAAUUCAGUACAGUUGUAUUUCCUGACGGCACUCAGCCCUCUUCCAAAGGUGAUAAUACACUGGUUUUAAAUCGUGGCCUGAUAACCACUCUUUCAAGAUACCUGCAUCAUCGCAGAUGGAUUUGGAAAGCGAAUAUCAAUCAGAAAAUUUUCCUGCCUGUGAACGCUCUUGAAAAUAUUUUAUCUACUUUAGUCAAGAAACGUCUCCAAGAAGGCUUUUAUUUCGCUCAUUUUAGUUCCGGAAUUUGCAACAUGGUUUUAGAAGUGCAGAUGAAAGGAUCAAAUACGGAGACCGAUCACUUGGAUAAUGUUUAUCAAGAAACCGAAAAUACAGACACCGAAUUACACAAUUGCAUAAUUCAAUACGUCCUGUUCCCUCCUCGUGUUCUCGAUGCCCCCAAAAGAGAAAACGAAGAUUCAGAAUCGAAUCUUGUCAAAGUUAUCGAACUAGUCACCGAAUGUUGGAUCGAACCUCAACAUGGAGUUGUUACCAAUUGCCCUGCUACCAGAGAAUAUAUGUCUGGUUUGCAAUACCAUCAGCUACUCGAUGCGAUAUGGUCAGUAGAUGCAAAAUGCAUAUCUGCAUUAUGCACCUUCGAACAUUUACACCUGAUGUGCCAAACCCCCGGCGUAGAAGCUCCCGAAUCAAUUCAACACCUGUUGUCGAAAUCCAAAGCAUCGCAGUAUUGGCCUAAUGUGGCUCCGUUCGAAGAUCCGCGUAUUAGUCAGAUCCCGUUUCCGUACAGUGUACCUAAUCUGCUAUGCCAAUCGGUUCAAGAAAAUUUACUUUACAACGUGUUUUCUAUAGAUGUUCUGGACAAAUCAGAAAGCAGCGUGGAACCGAACAAGCUGCUGCUAGAUUCGAUGUUCAAUCAUUUAUCAACGAUGCACAGCAAAGAACUGCUGAUUUGCGGACAAGAUGCCCAAUAUUUAAUAAAGAAUUUCCGAAGAAGUAGUCGUUGUUCGGAGAAACGAAACAUGAGUACGACAAGUGCGACGAUAACUGAAGAAGAGCCGAUAAUCCCAGAUUUACCUUCGGCUGUAGACUGGGACAGAAUGAUAAAUUGGGCGUUAGGCAACACAAACUGGAACGAGGAUAGGAAAGAGAGCACGAGUUCGGGUCGAGCUACCAUUCCACCGAUACAGGAAAUGAGCGAAUCGAGAUUUAGGCGUAGUUUCAUGUCCGAUCAGAACGAAAGUCACCAUUCGUCGAAUUUCGAUCUGAGUUCGAUUAGCUAUUUGGAAAACGUAGACUGGUUGAAAUGGCGUUGUUACGUUAAAUUCGUAUCUAGGUCUCAAUGCAUCGUUACCGUUUUACCAGCCAAUGUCGAGGUGAUCAGACGAAUAGCGAUGGAUCAAGAACAUCGUAACUCGCAGGUUACCGAACAAAGCCACGUAAUUUCUGAAAUUUCCGCCUCCUAUUACGACGUCGACUCGCAUGGUGAAUCGGACGAUACUGCUCGUCCUACUGUCGCCGGUAGUCAGAUUAGAAACGAUACCGGGUCUGUUUACACAUCGUGUAGUUUGUCGAGUAAAGAUCUAAAUGCCGAAGAUAGCGUUUACGACGAGACCGCCGAUUUAUCUACCGAGUUGACUAAAGACUGCGAUAUCAAUACGUCGUUUAGAUUGAGAGCCAGUACGUGGGAUCCGGUUAGACGAGUCAUGGAUUGUCAUAUGAACGCUGACGAUCGUCUGAGAACGAAUUCAGUCGGUGCGAAGGUUCGACCUUUGCCACGACUCAGAGCCAAAAGAUCGUUCGAUUUCGAUUCCAGGGAUAAGCUAUAUUACGCCGAGAGUACCAUGAGAACGAUGAAAUUUGUACCGAUCAUUUUACCAGUUUAUAUUUACAAUUGCACCAUGCCGGAUGUGAUUAAUUAUUUGAUCUAUAAAGACGAUUACGCUAAUUUCGACGCUCAAACGGAGACAAUCGAUGAAAGUAGCGCAGAACCGGAUGAUUCCAAGUCUCAACUUAAGAAAGAGUACUUGGAUUCUACUUUAGGCGAAUAUAAUUUAGAAGAGCAAUGUAACAGUAUAGAUAACUUAUUCACCAAGUUUUUCGUAUUCUCGUUGUUUAAAAGCUUACAUCACGGGUACGAGAUACCGUUAUCUGAUGUAGAACAAGGAUUUAGUAAAUGUGAAAAGUCUAUUUUGACUAUUGACAUAACCGAUUACCUCAAGACCGUUUGUCGACAUUUACGGAACUGUAUACCAACGAAUCAUUCUCAAGAAGAAACCGAAAAACCCAAAUGUACCGUACCAAUAUCGAGUUUGAUAUGUUCCGGUGCCUGUAACGAACUGCGAUUUAUUCAUAGACUAAUUAAGAAAAAAUUCGCCAAUAUUUUAACCUCGGAUUUUAAACCGAUUCCGUCGAAACCAGCGUUUUAUUAUUUUUUCCCCUCUUGGACCAAAGAAUCUAAACCCUCAUCGGCCGGUAUUCUAAGUCCUGGAUUUACGGAAAAUAACUCGAGUGCUGUGUCUGUCGAUCAAAUUAUUGUACCUACGUCGACGAAUAUUCUAGGUAUGACCACAUGGGAAGCAUGUAAAGAGUCGAUCAAUUCAGAAGAUAAUGCAUGUACAUCGUUGAUAUCAAACAUGGAUUCGGAUAGUUUGAAUGAAAUAUCCAACGAGAGUCUGAUGGACGAUGUAAAUCCCUUAUUCCUCAGAGUUGAUUGCCGAAUUAUAUCCAACGGAAAACUAGCCCAAUGCUCUCUACAUCUCAUACCUACGUGUAUUUGCGAAGUGUUAAGAAGUCUGGAUAAAUCGUUCACUGAAAUCGACGUUGAUGAUAUAAAAGUUACAUUGGAUCUGCUGUGUUUAACGUCUCCAUUUAUCGAUACCAAAAAGAAAAAGGCCGGAGAUGCGUCUAAAAAUGACGAUAGUAAAAUUAACGCUUACGAAGAUCCUGAAGGCGGAUUAUCAUUCGACGAAGGAAGAGUUCCUCGACAGAUCAUGUCGUUACCAGAUUAUCAAUACAAUGCUUUGAAUACCUGUAUCGCUCAAAUGAAAUGGCUCAUUAAAGAUGAAAUUAUCACUUUUAUGCUGGAUUCAACGCCGAUAUGUUACGAUACCUUGAAAAUGGUCUGUGACCACAUCGAAUCGUCUCCAAAUGCUGCAACUUGUUUUAUAGAAAAAGUACCUUUAUGCUUCGUGUUCGGUAAUGAGCCUACUAGUUUGAAUAGUUUCUUGGAGGCUUUCGACAGUAUGAGAAUACCGCAGUAUCAUUUGAAAAAAGAUAACAACAUGUAUUAUUUGGUGAAAGAAAGUCGCGAAAGGAAUAGUUUUCUCAGAGAACAUUUGGAUGAGAAAAAUGAUCUAGAAUCUACACCUGGUAAAUUAUUACUCAGCAGUAUGAAUAUUUUGGAUGAAGAACAAGAAAAUUUCUUUCAAGUAUUUAGUAGUAACGAGUCCAUUUCAGAGAACGAAUCGAUAAAAAUUAUUAAUAAUGUUCAAAGACAAGAAAGUAUCACCGAUGCUGAAGAAGAUAACAACAGAAUGUUGCAAAGUACGGUUCAGUGGAUUUUAGAUCGAGAUUCGAGUAGCGCUGAAAUGCCUAAUUUUUGGCUCAUCAUGACCAUAACUUCAAAUUACGUCAUUGUUUAUUUCCAUUGCAGGUUUUUGGAAAUAAACAAGAAAGAAAUCAAAGACUACGUUUUGGUUCGUGAAAGCGUCAUAAGCAAUAUCAAAAAUCUAUGUAAGGUAGUCAAUCAAAAAAUGCUGCUUGAUAGUUUACACGAUACCAAACUCUGCGAUCAGUUGUUAGUUCAAGAUCCUACGAAUGACGAUGGUGAAAACGAAACUCCUAGCGUUGGUACUGAGAUGAAUUACGCUUUUGUUCCUGGUUACUUCGCUUGUGACGUUGUUUGGGAGACGACUUUCUUGCUUCAUCCUAGAUUAAAAUCGAGUCCUAUAAAGAGCGGCGUAUCUCGAGGAAUUCAAGCUCUUUGCUCCGCUUUGAGCGGAUUUUUGGUCACGAAUCGUAAAAAUUUAUUUGUUUAUCAAGAUGAAAGGAAGAAUGUGUUUUAUUUAAGAUUAUACGAGUGUAUUCAUGGCGUGAUCAAGUCUCACGACGGCGAAGAAACGUCUUCUGGAUCGUUUUCAAGAAGCUCUUCGUUUACGUCGUUGAAUCGUAAACAGUUCGAUGAACAGAUGCCUUUCUUGCUGGAUGAAUCAAAAUCACGUAACAAGUCGAUCAGCGAUUAUAGUGAAACAAGUUUAUCCAAAAUGGAUGAUUCGAUCGUCUUAAAGGUAUUUGGAAUCACCGAAGCGGGCAAAGAUAUCAAAAACGAUCUCGUACAAGCUUUACAAAAUAGAUUAGACGAUGCUGUCUUAGAUGUGAUCUCUGUGAUGUUGAGUCGAAAUCGGUUAUGUAAAUUACUACCCGAAGAUGUUCAUUUUAUUCAAAAACCGAACCAGCAUCCGAGCACUAUCUUACAGUUCAAUGUCGAUAUCUGGAUAAUGAAGUACUUGUAUACGUUUCGAUAUCUUAUCAAACAAAACAUCCAGCAAUUCGCUUCUUCGCCAAAGUAUUCUGAUCACAGAAGCUCAUUUCGUUUUCAAGAUUAUUAUGUGCCUGAAGAUUCUCCUAAAAGAGCCAACGAAAGUGAUAUUUUUCUUUAUAAUCAAAAUCCAACCAUUGGUAAAGGUAUCGCUUGCAUGGCCGUUGUGAUUGUCAACUCGAACGGCGAGGCUCUCGAGUGUAAUGAUGAAUACGAGCCAAAUGUUCGCCAUUCUUUAGCCCUAUUCUCAUUCGACGAGUUGAAAUCCAUGACUGAAGUCACCGAAGUUAAACCUGGUUCAGAAACAGAUAAUGGCGUCAGAGUAGAAUUUCGUAUUUGGAAACAAGGUCGAAUAAAUAUGGAAUUAUUGGAACCGAAAUUAAAAUCUGCUAUCAGGCAUGUUCUGUGGGAAUUAGUGAUGGAAAAAAUCAAUCUCAUAUAUCCCUUAUUUGAAGACGAAUCGAUCCGUUUGUUUAAACCCUACCACUCCAUGAUACCUUCUUGGAUGGAUUUCGGAACAGAUCUGGCGAUUAGUUCGGUUCGAGUGUGGAAUACUUCGUUACCUACCAAAUUUAAUCUUCACAUUAUUCUGAAGGAAUUGAAUCAGAUCUUGAUGCCUCACGAAACCACAUGUUACGCGUUCUAUAAAAAUUACGAAUCUGCCGAUCGAGAUGAUAUAUAUACACCUUGCAUCCAUCUCGCUGAAAUCAUGAGUCACGACGGUGACACGUGUUUGCUAAUUGGACGAAGUAUGUUCUCUGUGCAAAAUGGGCCGGAGCAUUGCACCGUUAAAAUGAACUUGGAGAAUAUUAGAGCUGAGAAAGGAUUGCAAAGAAUGCCAUCAAUAUCUCAAGAUGAUCCACCGGUCACCAUAACGAAACAGAAAUUCAUUCUAGUGAUUAUUUCUAAUGCAAAGAUUAAGUUAUACAUGUACAAUUGGUCCAAAGAUAAAAUAGACAAUAUCACAACUCUGGUGACAAAUCUCAGUGAAUGGCUUACCGCGAGAUCUUACUUUUUAACCAGUAUCAUCGAACAGAAAAUGGGUAUAUUUUUCAAUCAUCCGUUACAGAGACUCAAUAUACCCAAAAAGGUCAUGGAGAUGACUAAAUUGGAUAUUCACGUUUUAUUCAAAUUUCCAAUGGUUUAUCAAAAAAGUCAUACCGUUAUGCCUUUAUACAGCGGAAGUGAAAGCUUUAGAGACGUUAAGCUACCUAGAGAAGUCCGAGAAAGAAUCGCUGAUAAAAAUCCUUUCAUUCAAAAUGUCAAUCAAUUGAUGGAAGUGCAAAAUAUCGAUAAAAAAAGUCAUCAAAUACACAUGUUUGGUUCGUGGCAUAAUAAAGGCUCGAAUUCUAGUAUUCCGGUUAACGAAGAAAUGCUGAAUAAUUUUUUGCAGUAUGGACGUCUAAUUCAUUACUGUUUGACUCCGUUGUUAUUCAUGCCUAGAUGGAGAGUUGCUGCUGCAGCUACGAGAGAUCAUUCGUUAUUACAAAAAACUCAAGAAAAGAGCGAUGAACUACAGUCUGGUGAAGAUGAUGAGAAAUGGCAUUCACAAAUAUGCUCAAAUUUCGUUCACCAAUACAAGCUAUACCUGCAAUGCUUAGGGUUCUUUCCAAUUCAACCUUCGGAAUCAUUCUCGAGAAAAUUCCAUCGCGAUAGCAAUGGAGAGGCCCGGAAUUAUCAUUACAUGCAAAAAUUCUCUCACGGAGGAGUCCUCCUAUUCGAAUUAUUCUUCGCCGAACCAUUUUUCAACGCGAAAUUGUACGCUUUGGAUUACGCCAUGUUGAAGACCAAAACAAGCUCUCUACUAACUCAAUUUGCUGUCAGUUUCUUAGACGAGUGUGACCGGAUUAAAUUUCAAAUGCAUUUACAUUCUUUUACUUACGAUUACCAUAUGAGAUGCCUGCAUCAGUACAUAACCGAUCAGCAGCCUUUGCUUAGACACGGAUAUCAUAUUAUCGAGUUCUUAGACGAUUUUAUGAAGUAUUAUCCUAAAGCUUCGAAUUACGCUCGAAGUCUCGUUCAUUCUGAAACUGUGGCCGUCGAAAAUGUUACCAUUUCUUCAACUCAAUUAUUCGAUUAUUUAUUGACUCAUGGAAAAAAUUACAAUAUGGUGGCGUUUUGUAUGUUACCUCAAAAUGGUGCUGUAGGAUUCGGAGAGGGUGCUCAAAAUAAUCAGUACGUGCUGAUUCAGAAUAAACAUAAAUCUGGUGUAUCAUAUAAAGAUUCUAAUGAUGUACAACAAACGGACGAUUUCGAUAUUACGGUCAUUAUGUCACAUAUCGAUCACGCAGAGACGCAGAGAACGAUGAAGUUUCAAGUUUACAUCUUAUUGACCAGUCGCAGGGAAUUGUAUCCUAAAGUUGAAGUAGAACAAAAACUGGGUAAAUUUCGUACAGUUUCAACAUCUCAAGAUUAUUCAUCCUCGAACGACGAAGAUAUCAAUUUGAAAUUCACCAUCGAUGCUGAUGGAUCUGGAUCUUCAAGAGAAUCGCACGAUUCUAAAGAAACGAAGAAAAAAAGAGGCGUUCCUCUUCACGUUGAGAUUAAGCAAGAAUUAGUCAAUUAUUUGGGUUACUAUUCGUCGCACGAAGAAACUAUACAAAAUUUAAUGAUGGAAGAGGUGAAAGAAACCAAGAAAUAUAUCGAAUGGAUGGUCACUCAGGGUGCUUUCGAUUGCCAAACUCAUUUGUUAUGGAAUAAAUUACUCUGUUCUUCUCCGGCGCCAUUAACCUACCCCGAACUUCAACAUUUGUUACGGUUGGCCGAAGUAGUCGAUAUAAGCAGUAUGGAUGAUCAAUUAAACACAAUUCUCAGUCAACCUAUCUGUUGGUUCCAGUCUUUCAUUAAAGCCUUAACUUCAAAAUUAUCCGAUUGUUGUCAUUUAUUCUCGGCACCAAAUAACGCUACCCAAGAGUUGCUCAUUCUUCAUCCGCAGUACUCCAAUGGAUUUGUGAUGAUUGUUUUGGAUUUACAAAGAAACACUGCCGCAAUGAACUUGGUAUAUCGUAAAGACACCAGUAGUGAAGAAGAAGCUCGUGUUGAAUUACAAACUUUAUUUGAGCAAGUUAUUAAUAUGAGUUGUUAUUAUUUAUGGCUCGAUGCUUUUUAACUUUUAUGUUAUUUUUUUUUAUACCUAAUUCUGUUUUUUUGUACUUAUUUAUUAUGCUUAAUGCAUGAUGUUAUAAUAUUUUUGAAUAAAUUUUUCGACAUGUUGA